GCUUAGGAACGUUAUCGAAAUUUUACAUUUUACAUAUUUUGACUUUCAGGCACUUUCAGGAGAUGAAAAGCAAAAAAAAAAAAGUAAAAGAAACUAAAAUUUUUUGAGAAAAUUUAUACGAUACUACUAUUAAAUACUAUAAUUAAAAUUAAUUCUGCAUAUUUGUUUACAUUUUUGCACACAAUGGUGAACGAACGGGAAUUUUGGUCGGAAAUUCGGAAAAAUUUGCCAAAAUAUAAACAGAAAAAACCACGAGUCGUUCCUGCAUUCACAAUUCAAGCAAUGCAAGAAAAUACGAUAGUAGCGAAACCGCCGAAAAUUGGAGUUUACGAUCCAAAACCACCGAAGACAUCAACAUUCCGAAAAUAUUACGAGAGAGGAGCUUUUCCAAUUGCCCUUGAAGACGACAGCAACGGACAAAGAAUCAGUUGGAAAGUCAGAAUAGAGGAUUUGGAUUUUCAUUAUUAUCUUCCAAUGUUUUUCGACGGUUUAACUGAAACUGAAGCUCCUUAUAAAUUUCUCGUCGAACAAGGAACAACCGAAAUGCUUGAACAUGGCGGUCCAAAAAUUCUUCCAGUCGUACCACAACUUAUUAUUCCAAUUAAAAAAGCACUCAACACGAAAAUUCCAGAAAUAAUCUGCAUGACAAUGAGAGCAAUUCAACGAUUAGUUCGUUCCGGUGAAUGCAUAGGAGAAUCUUUGGUACCAUAUUUUCGUCAAAUUCUCCCCAUUCCUAAUUUGCUCAAAGACAAAAAUGUAAAUCUUGGAGAAGGAAUCGACUAUUCUCAGCAACGAGGUGAAAAUCCAUCAGAUUUAAUUCAGGAAACACUGGAAAUUCUUGAAAGAUACGGCGGUGAGGAUGCAUUUAUAAAUAUCAAAUAUAUGGUCCCAACUUAUGAAUCAUGCGUUAUGAAUUAAAGAAAAAAGAAUGUUUUGAAAAGAAACGAAACAAGAAGAAAUUGAAAAUUUUCUAUGAAAGAAAUAACUUUGAUAAUUAUUUACAUAGGUACUUUAUAAAUAUAAAUUUAUUAAAUA